AUGGCUUUCGUGCAAUCUCGCCUGGCACCUUUGCCACGGGUGUUCCUCACCUUCCAUGACGAGUCUUCAACCGAUCAGGGCACGCUCCGUCGCUCCAGAAGCUUUGCCGACUUCACACCGUACGACCUCGGAGACACCAACUCCACGCUUGAAUCGAACACCUUUGGCGAGAAUGUCAAAGAUGUCAAUGAGGCUGCCGAGACCGUACUUGCGGACGGGCCAGAAAGUGCCUCUGCAGAUGUGAUUUGGCCAGACACCGAUGCCGAGGACGAAGAUGCGGAGAACUGCAAGGCUGGGCAGCUGCUGGACGGGUUGCGGCUCGCCGCGGUUGGAGGUCCACAGCAAGUCCCACGGCAGCUCGUCAUCCUGAACUCGUUGUUGCAGGGCCCGGCGAACAUGAACACGGACCUGAAGCCGUUGGCAUCUCCACCGAGCUUGACCCCAGACCCGGUGAAAGUCAGGAAAGCCCAGGAUGCUGGCCUCAAGGCUUUGCGAAAGGCUCGAGCCAUGAUGCCCGCUGUGGAUAUGAAGCCGACACUGCCACAGGCCCGAGGUCGUCGAGCUUGA